CCGAGGAAACACUUGAUAUUGUCUUACACUCGAGUUUGUAGAGCGGCGCUGAGUGCAUUUGACGUUAUGAAGCACUCGCGUUCGCUGUCCCCUACUCUCGAUAAUUAAAGAACGAUCCGGGAUUUCUUGCGGCUAUUUUUACUCUGUCGUCCUGGAAUCAAAGGGCAGAGGAGACGGGAGCAUGUGGCGUGAUCACUUGUUGACCUUUUUUCUCCUGCAUGCGACCGGCAACGCCGCAAGCAUUCGAGCAAAAAACGUGAAGACGGAUCUCUGCAACAGUCCUAUUUACUGCCACAGCUUACUAUUGAAGACUGUGCAGCUGGCGAAUAUAUUUCCGGAUAGCAAAACAUUUGUGGACAUGUAUCUGUUGAACGAUCCGAAGAUCACAUUGGAGAAUUUCGACGAGUUGAUGUCGGCAACAGGUGGUAAGCCAAACAAAACGCGAGUGGCCCGCUUCGUUAGUGAAAACUUUGGAAAGAAAAAUGAACUGCUUACGUGGGUGCCACCGGACUGGCAAGCCAAACCCGCUAUCUUGGACAGAAUCAAUGAUGAGGGGAUGAGGGAGUGGAUUAUCAAGCUCAAUUUCAUCUGGAGAAAUCUGUCGAGGACGGUUCAUCCGGAUGUCAUCAGAUAUCCAGAGAGACACAGCCUUAUUCCAGUGAAAAAUGGAUUUAUCGUGCCUGGUGGGAGGUUCCGGGAAUUUUAUUACUGGGACACGUACUGGGUUAUCGAGGGUCUUCUCCUCUCGGGUAUGGAAAAAACAGCAAAGGGAAUGCUUGAGAAUUUCCUGUCAAUGGUCGAGGAGUACGGUUUCGUUCCCAACGGAGGGAGGAUUUAUUAUUUAAUGAGAAGCCAGCCUCCACUGCUCAUUCCCAUGGUGAAGAAAUACGUCGACUCUACUAAUGAUACAAAAUUUAUAUCCGAACACUUGCCACUGCUGGAGAGAGAGUUUGAAUAUUUUCAUCACGGCAAGAGUGUGAGUGUUAUUAAAGGGCGUAAAAUUUAUAGAAUGGCCCAUUACGUCGUUACCAGCGAGGGACCCAGACCCGAGAGCUAUUGGGAGGACUACGAGGAGGCACGGCGUCACGUUAAACACAUAGACGAACAGGUAUUUUACGAUGGAAUAAAAGCAGGCGCGGAGAGUGGCUGGGACUUUUCAGCGCGCUGGUUUAUUUCGGAAGGCCCUGGCUUUGGCAAUCUCUCCGACAUUUCCACCCGAAAUAUUAUACCAGUCGAUCUCAAUGCAUUCCUCCAACGCAAUGCACGGCUUCUCGGUGAAUUCCACCGAAUCCAGGGGAACACUAGGAGAGCGAAAUUUUACGAAGACAUUGCCGCAACGUAUCAGCGUGGUAUUGAUCACGUACUCUGGAAUGAGGAUGAAGGUAUUUGGUUGGAUUACGAUAUGAAAAAUGCACGACCGAGAGAUAUCUUCUAUCCGACGAAUUUGACGCCUCUAUACACCGGGAGCUUUAAUAGAAGUCACGGCGAAAUUUAUGCUAAGAGAACCGUGGAAUAUCUGAAGCGCCGACGGAUUGGAGAUUUUAUGGGGGGCACACCGGCCUCGCUGGAUGAGACUGGACAACAAUGGGACGCACCCAAUGCUUGGCCGCCUCUCCAAUCCAUCAUGGUGCAAGGGCUUCGGAAUACCGGAGUGGAGCCUGCUAUGAGCGUUGCUAAGACACUCGCGACCAGGUGGCUGAGAGCUAUGUACCUAGGCUUUCAGAAAUAUGGGAAAAUGUUUGAAAAGUACGAUGCGAGAGAGCCAGGAAAAUUCGGCGCCGGAGGAGAGUACACGUGCCAGCAGGGUUUUGGAUGGACGAAUGGAGUUGUUUUCGAAUUUCUGGAUAUUUAUCCUAACGUCACUGCCGAUGAAUUGCUCUGCACCACCUGCACUGCCGACUUCGAUUGAUGAAUUGUGGGAGCGCGUAUUGAGGAAUUAAUUAAUUCUGUUGAGUUCGUACCAAUGGAUAUAUUCGAGAAUAUAUCGGGUCUUGAUUUACGAAAUGAGUUUUGAGGCAACUCAUGCAUUCAAAAGUAUUUAUUCCAGUAUUUACAGUUAUUUUGUUAAUAAAUACACCUAUUUGUUC